AUGACUCGCUCUAAAGGAAACAUGCAUGUUGUGGAGGAGAUAUACAACCAGAUACCAGCAUUCACUGACGUCUUCUCUGAGGACUCAUUCUAUACAUUUGUUAUCUGCUUCGUCAUAUCUACAAUCAUGGUUGUUUUUAUAUUGUCUAGAUUUAUUACCAUCAAGCCUGUAGAAUAGUAUGAAAACCAAAUAAAUAAUUAUUAAUGUGUUA